CGCUUGAGACGACUGCAGUGACGUAUUUAUUCUGCGCCAGGCCUCACGCUUUCCUGAAAUGUAGCGCUUUUAAGCAGUCUACCGUGGUCUUCUGUGUUCGGUCUUCGGACAAAAUGUCCGUGUAUCACGACGAAAUAGAGAUCGAAGACUUUGAAUAUGACGAGGAGACGGAGACGUAUUCCUUCCCGUGUCCCUGCGGAGACAAGUUUGUCAUAACUAAGGAGGAUCUGGAGAACGGCGAGGAGGUGGCAACGUGUCCCAGCUGCUCGCUCAUCGUCAAAGUCAUCUAUGACAAGGAUGCGUUUGUGUGCGGCGAAGUCAUCGAAGCGCCGUCAUCGUCUAUGGAAAACAAAUUGCAGGCGCUUCAGUCCUGACCCUCCUCUGCAAAGCCACGGACUGCUCCUUUAAAUCACAUUCUGCUUCUUCUCUGAACGUUUGACUCACUUCUUAGAAUCGAAUUUUAUUCAGAAAACGAACCCGAGAGAAUCCACCACGUCUGAAGAGUUGCUGACGUGAAACGAUGCGUUCAGGUGCUGCUGGGAAAGGUGACUCAACAGACAGAAGAAAAAUAUAUGUGAAAUGACCGGUUCGUGUGAUGCGAUGUGUAAAUAUUAACUUAUGUAACUUAAUGUUUUGUGUCGUGUGGUUAUUUGUUUGUGUGACCAGAGGGAAAACACAUUAAACACCAUCCGGUUUUA